UUUAUCUGUUUUCCAAUCAGUAUCUUCCUGAAAAUUGGCUAAUCUCUUGUUGUUUUUACCGUAAAAAUUUAAUACCUUAGAAAUGUCAAGUGGUAGAGUUGGAGAUCUGAGUGAGGAGCAGUUAAAUGCUUUGGAUAGUUUUCGUUCGUCUAUGGAAGAUAUAUUGAGGCCUGAACAUGAUGAUUAUUUUUGUCUUCGAUGGCUUCGAGCUCGAAAAUUCAACGCUACCGAUGCUGUGCAAAUGUUACGAACUAGCCUGCAAUGGCGGAAACAAAUUGGUGCUGAAUCUCUGAUUGAUGAUUAUGAACCGCAUGAGGUCUUAACAAAAUAUUUUCCUGGGGGCUUAGUUGGACACGAUAAAGAGGGAUGUCCAGUAUGGAUUAUUCCUUUUGGUCAUAUGGACAUCAAAGGUAUGUUCUAUUCUGUGAAGAAAUCGGAAUUUAUAAAAUAUGUCAUGAAGUUAAUGGAAAUAAGUGAACAAGAUAUGAGAGAUCAAUCAGAAGAACUUGGGAAAAAAGUUGAAACUCAUAGCAUAAUAUUUGAUAUGGAUAACUUCACAAUGAAACAAGUUGCUUGGAAGCCAGCGGUUGACAUGAUGACUCAACUAGUAAAGCUGUUUGAAGAUAACUAUCCUGAAAGACUGAAGAAGGCUUACGUUAUAAAUGCACCUGCAUUUUUUCCAAUGGCUUAUGCUAUGAUAAAACCUUUUCUUAGUGAAGAAACUGCUAAAAAAAUUCAUGUUUAUGUUAAAGAAACGUGGAAAAGUGCUGUGUUUGAAGAUAUUGAUCCAAGUGAACUUCCUUCUCAGUGGGCUGGUACGAAACCUGAUCCUGAAGGGCAUCCUCUGGCAAAUGUAAUUGUUUGUAUGGGAGGUCAAGUCCCAUGUUCCUACUACACUGCCCCGAGUCGUCGAUUAUCUACAGAAUCUGACUUGACAAAAAUAACUGUUGAUAAGAAAUCUGUAUUCCCUGUUGAAUUAACUGUUUCUGAUGUUGGUUCAACUUUGCAAUGGGAAUUCCAGACAGAAAAUUAUGAUAUUGGGUUUAGUGUGUGGUUUAGACCUGAAGGUGGCAUUGCAGAAGAAUUAGUACCUUUACAGCGUGUUAACUGUCAUUUAGUGCCUGAAGAUGGCAUGAUCGUGUGUGACAAACCAGGGAAAUAUAUUUUGAAAUUCGAUAACUCUUUUAGUUGGUGCCGAAGUAAGCAUAUUUUGUAUCAGGUCCAAGUUAUCCCUCCAAAAAAUGGCAGAAAUCCUGGAUAUGAGUAAAUGGGAAAUAUUAUACUCUUUUUCAAACUUUUGUUGCCUCUCAUUAUUGUAUGUUUAUCCAUGUUCAUAUUACUGUUAUUGGGCGUGUUCCAAUGUUGUAGUUCCUGCACUUCUAAAAAAGAAAAAUGUUUAGGUGCCUUGUGUCUUUAUUGUGAGUAAAACUUUGAAAAGUUUUUUUUUUUUAUAUUUACAUUUUUUUUUUUACUUAAGGAUUUAAGUUGAGUGUAUAAAGUUUACUUAGAAUUUAUUAAAUAUGUAUUGUAUAUAUUGAAUUGUACAGUAAAAUAUGCAUUUGUAUCAUUUGUUUGAAGAGGUGUUAUAGGUUAUUUUACUGAAAGAGAGGUAACUUUAUUUUUUUAAGAUAAUUAUUUUGGCAGGAACAAACUUGAAACUGUUAUGAAUUUUGUGUUAAAACACUAUCUAGAGAAGUCUAACAAAUGCCUCAUUUUUAUUUUAUUUUAUUUUUUAUUUUUUUAUUAUUAUUUUUUUUUUUUACAAAUAAACUGAUUCAAUAUUGUUUUUAAUAGCUUAAAAAGGCUUCUUUUUUUGAUAUUACAAUGUUUUUAAAAAAUAUAAAUCGUUAUUUUCAGAGCAUUAAACAAUUUUUUAGCAGCACAGAAUGAAAAGGGAAACUUAUGGAUUAAAGAUGUUUCAAGUCUUAGUAUUGAAAAGCUGUGCAUUAGAUAGAGGAGGAUGUGCCACAGAUUAAAAGAUUACCUCCUAAGCAAUUUCCAUUAUAUUCUAUGUUUACGGGCCAUCCAUUAAUUACGUAAGGAUGAUUUUGGCAUUUUUGGACCCCUCCUCCCCUUAUGUAAGGGUAUGUAAGAUUCCCCCCCUGCUUACGUAAGAUUCCAUUUCGUUUUACAAAAUAAUAAAAUGUUAAAAAAGGAUCAGUUACCGACACUAAAACUCUCAAGUAAACGUAAAUCAAAAAUUCUUAUUUUUCAAAUAUAUUAUAUGAUGCUAUACUAAUAUUAAAAAUAAAGCAUACCAUGAAUAGCGCAAUUCUUUAAUUAUAUUUUACACUAUACAUUCUUUAUAAAACAAGUAAAAAACAGCUCCUUCUAAUGCAUUUUUUACCUUCCAUAAGCAAAUGAAAUAUCUCUUCCAAACCACUUGAACGCGCAAUUUCUAAUAUAAAAUAUUGAUUAGGAAAAUAUUACAUAAGAAUGGGUUUGACCCCUCCCUCCCCUCAAAGUAAGGGUAUGUAGAGAUUUUUGA